AUGUCACAAAUGUCUGCUACUUCCGUUCAUUAUCCAGAUCCAGUGGCGGGCUUGGAUUUUCCUAAGCAGCUUGAGCUCAAGUAUUUACAGGUGGUGUUUCGACAUGGUGAGCGUUCUCCGGUGAAAGAAAGAUUGGAGUCGGCUGGUAUUCCUAAGGAUUGGAAGCUUUGUAACAAUGCUAGAAGAUUUUUUGCUCAAGUAAAAGGAGCCAAGGAAUGGUCCGUACUCGGAUUUGAAAGAAAAACAGAGGCUCCUGUAGAUUCAUCUUUAGCGGCUCCUCCCAAAGAGGAAGCAGAUAGCGGCGUAUGUAUUAAUGGUGAAUUAACAGACAUCGGAAGAAUUACAACCCGUAACCUCGGUGAAUAUCUUCGAGAGCGUUAUAUUAACAAACUCGGAUUCCUACCAGACAGGAUUCAAAAUGCUAACGGAAUUUACAUGCGCGCUACACCCAUGACUCGUGCUCUCGAAUCUUUAGAACAUGUUUUUGCUGGGCUUUAUCCUGACGAAAAACGCCAAGGUGUCGUGCCUACCAUUUAUACCCGCAAUUGGUCUCACGAAAACUUACUUCCAAACGAAAACAACUGUCCCAGACUUGUUCAAUUGUACGAGGAAUUUGCUGAAAGAGCUGCUAAAAUUUACGAUCCUCUUCUUGCUGGAAGAGCGUCGGAAAUGAUGAGUCAGUUCAUGAACGGUCAAUCUGUUCGUGUUGUCUCUAGUCAUCCUCGUCUUAGUGGUCUUUUGGAUACAAUUAAUGCUGCUAUUGGCAAUCGACUCGAACUUCAUCCUAACUUGGUGGAUGAGCAGUGGUUGCGGGAUUCUGCGCAGGCGGUUUCCGAAGAAUGGUUUGGAGGAUAUAAAGUAUCAAAUUUAAUGCGUCAACUCGGUGCAGGAAGCCUUUUAAAUGAUCUUUUUAUGCGAAUGGAAAACCAAGUUAAGGCUGAUAAAAGUGGCGCUCCUUCAGAUCGUUUGGCUUUGUAUGGAGCUCACGAUGUAACAUUAGCUGCAAUCCUUGCUUCACUAGAUGCUUUUGAUUAUCAAUGGCCUCCCUUUACUUCUCAUCUUGAAUUGGAACUUUUUAAAGAUACCUCCGACGAAGCUUCUCCAAAAGCUAUUGCUGGAAAACCUGAAAGUCCUUUAAAACCUAGCAAACAAGACACACCUUCCAAGGAUAAUGGUAUUUCAAACUAUCCUUCAGAUGAAUUAUCUGAUUGGUAUGUUCGAAUUACUUACAAUUCGAAUCAUGUCGUUAUGGGUGCUUGCCGUGGACAAGGUUACAGGGGAAAUGAGACUAUUUGUCCUUUGUCUAUUUUCAAGGAUGCCGUCCGAGCCUUGAAGCCCGAAGACUAUCAUUCCAUGUGUAAGCCUGUGAAAAAGUAA